AUGCUGAUGUCUAGAGCAAAUAUAUACGCGAACCAGAUAGACGCACACAGUAACGAAGCUAUGAAGCUCAAACUCUCCCCACGAUAUCCUGGUAUCGAAACAGGACUAUACGAUUAUCUGUCCGAAAAAUACGACGAAUAUGAUCAUCAAAUGGAAACUGCAGAAGACGAAAAAGAUAACCCUUUUAAUUCUAACAACCUCGUAUAUUGUAAUGAUGAGGAUGAGGAUGAAGCGAAGUUCAUAGGUCUUUCGGAAUAUGAAAAGCUUCAAAAACAAAAUUUGGACCACUUUUCAGAAGUCUGUAAUAAAAUUAUGGGUGUUGAACCGUUUCCACAAUACUAUGAGCAGGUAUUAGAAACAAAGGGUCCUGACAUGGGUGAUAUCACUCGGACAGAACAAGACGAUGAGGAUGAUUACCUGAUAUUCGAAGAGCACAUAAAUCAAGUAUUUCGGCAAACUGGCCAAAUUUCAGCGGAGAGAAUUAAAGAAGAAAUGUCUAAUUGGUUUCUAAGACUAAACAAGAGGGUUUACGGUAAAUUAACGUGUCGCAGUUCAAAAUUUAAAUCCUUUUGUAAGUCUUGGAUGGCAGUGAAGCCUCCAAAAAAAGAAUAUUGGACAAUGCUAGAGAAUUUCCUCGGACCAGGAGGAAUAGCAUAUGAUUAUAUUUUGGAAUCGAUGGAUGAUAAGUCUUUCGAACCAGGUGCAGAACUGUUUGAAAACACUGUGCUGCCAAAGAUUGACGGACUUGCAGAACGCAUCCGAGUACUUACUUCUGCACUACAUGUACUAGAGGACGGAGAUAGCUGCGACGAUGCUAAACUUGACUUAGUUGACGAUUAUUGUCAAGAAUACAUGUGCUCUGAUUACGUUGUAGAUGCUUCUGACACCACUGACAUUACGGACACUACCGAUGCUACCGAUGUCUCUGAUGUCACUGAUCUAUCCAAUGAGACUGAUGCUACCGAAGUAUCCGAUACUUCAAAGUGUCAUAUGAUUCCAAAAUUAAGUUCAAGUUUAGUAACCCCUGGUCGCUGGAAGGAACCGAAACCCCAUAUUCUGUUUGCUGGUAAAAAAACCAGGGUAUACCAUCCAUUCCAGUCACCAACUGAUUACUUGGCUGAGGUAACUCACGAUGAUUCGCUAGCACCCGGUCCUUUAGAUAUUGACACAACAUGUCAACAAUUCAAAACUAAGUACAAAGACUUGGUGGUGGUAUAUUUGCGCUGGGAUUUUGUUCAGAAAUCAGGCCAAUCUCCAGGUACUGGUCCUUUCGGUUGGUUCUUUUUGAUGUUCAGCAAUGGAACCACAGUUCCAGUUUACAUUACCGAACGAGUCCAUAGGGUUGUAUUCGAGAAAACAGAAGACGGAAGCUCUGAAUCUGAAGCAGUCGAAAUGGAGUGGCCAGAAUCUUUGAAAAUGCCCGUUAAUAACAAUAAACGUUGGGAAGGCAGAUCAGUAUACAUUCCAAUGGAUGAAGUUUCUAAAGACCACGUAUGUCGCAGUAAAGAAGAAGCUGUGGACCGUUACUAUGACACAUUAAACAGCCUUGAAAUCCAAACAGAUGAAGUAAUAAGUAACCAGUAA